AUGAGUUUAGAUAUUUUAAAUAAUCUAAAAUAAUAAAAAGGUAUUUCUCUUGAAAUAGUUACGCUAAAAGGCUAAGGAGGUUUUAAGAAUGUUUAUGAAUGCGUAAAUACUUAGAAAUAAUAGAAUCUAAUAGUCAAAAUUUCUAUGGGAGAUGGCAAUGCUGAUUUAAAAAACGAACAUGCAAAUUCUUUAAAGAUCUAAUUCAAACCUUUGAAGUUAGCGAAAAUAGAUGAAUUGCACUCUUUAGAAUUUAAUGGAGAAGAGUAUUUGGUAGGGAUAUCUGAAAUAGUAGGAGAAAAAAAUUUAGGAAUGGUGAUAGAAUCUAAAGAAAAGCCUACAUUAGCAAACGCAAUAAAAAUGCUUAUAGAUAUUUUGUUUGGAGCUUUUGAAUGCUAAAUUUCAAAUUUUUAGCAUAAAGAUAUAAAGCCAUCAAAUAUUGUCAUUAAAAAUGGACAUUAUUAUUUAACUGACUUCUCUUCUUAAGAUGAAACUAAUAUAAUCACAAAUUCUUUUAGCCCAUAAGAUUAUAAUACCAAAAAUGUUAUCUAAAGAUUUGACAUUUUCUCUUUGGGUUAAACUUGUAAUUUAUAUAUCAAAGUUAUUAUGCAAAUGAAUAAAAAAGAAUAAGUAGUAUUUUAAACACUUAUAAGCUACAUCAAUCCUAUAUGCUAAAUAAUCACUACUAUUAAAGGUAAACACUAACAGGCAUGCUCAAAAUACUUUGCUAAACUUUUAAAUUUGAUUUUACUGAGUAUUAAAAUCAUUUAGUUCAACAAAUCAAUGAAGGUAGAUUUAAUUAAAUAUAAUAGGCUCUAUCAUAUAUAAAUUUGCAUUUGA